UUUCUCGAAGUUUCCGCAACAAAUUCCCAUUUCUUCUUAAAACUAAAAUUCUUCUUCUUUUUCUUCAAAUUGUCAUCUCUUCUUCUGCCGUUAAUAGAUCAAUCGUCCUACAGUAAGGAGUUCGAAAUGGGGAACUUCAAUAUGCUUCCGGUAGAUAUCAUCUUCAACAUUUUAACACGUCUACCAACAGAAGCAGUCUGGACAUACAGUCAUGGAAUAAUGUGAUCAAUCAUAAACAAUUUUCUCAAUCUCACUUGAAUCACUGCCUUAACAAUCUUGAUUCUGCUGGUGGUAAGUUUACUUUCCUUAUUGUGAAUGACAAUCCAAUUUAUGCAUACAGACAAUUUCAUUAUCUAGAAUUUUUUGAUGAGAAUUAUUCUUCAGAGGAACAACCCUGCCAUAGAGUUACAAGAAUGAAACUAAACCCUGCUCCGUUUAUGUGUUACGAUAUCGCCGGUUCCUGUAAUGGUUUAGUUUGUCUAAAUGGAUGCCAUGAUAACGAGGGGGGCUACUAUGAACCUGUGUAUAUAUGUAAUCCUAUUACCAGGGAAUGUGUGUUUCUCCCGGAAUUUGAGAGAACUUAUGGUCAUGGUGAUUGAUUGGUGACUGGAUUUGGUUAUGUUUCUAAGACGAAUGAGUACAAGGUUGUGAGAACGUAUAAACUGUGGAAAGAACCCAAUUCUGUACAUGUUGAGGUGUACACACUUGGAAGUGGCAAGGGAUGGAGGAACACAGGGAAGAUAUUCAACAAAGACCUGGAUUUGGUUACUAAUGUCUUUGGUGAGCUUGUGGAUGAAUCUCUUUAUUGGAAGCUUAAAACUGGUGAAAUUGUGGUUUUUGAUUUGGCCAAUGAAGAUUUUGCCGAAAUGCCUACAGCUUUGCCCACUGAUUGGAAUUUUAGCCUUGGGGUUUUGGGGGGUUAUUUACUGGCUGACCACUAUGAUAAAGAUUCGAAAACUUCUGAUAUAUUGCUACUGAAGAAGAAAGAAGAUGGGUCAUUGAGCUGGAUUGAAGAGUUCAGUAUAAGCAACACAGAUACACAAGAAAUUGUCCAAGAUUCGCUUGUCCUCACGGGUAGGGGUACAGUUCUAUGCCACUCAGAGACAAAGGUCCUAAUUCAUGACCUAAAUUCUUCAUCUUCAAAAGUGCUUGUGGAUUUUGGUAAGGAUAAACGUAUAUUUCAAGCAAUCCCUCAUAUGAGCACCUUGGUUUCAUCAAAAGCAUUAGGAGAAGCAAAUACAAAAACGAUGGAAACGGUUGAUGUGCCAAGAAAAAAUACAUGGGAUAAUCUUGUAAUGGCUUCGGUGGAGCAGUCGAACACCAUUGCUACUCCAUACCUCCAUGGCGAUCAGCUUGCUUAUGAUGUAAUUUUUGAGAAUUUUCAUUCUCAACCUGUUACACAACCAGCAUCAUCAUGUUCUUCCCAUUAUGCACCCAUACAUAGUGACCAUGAGCAUCAACAGCAACAACAACUUAUAAGAACCAUAAGUUGUAGUGAAGAAAAAAAACAAGUCAAGGGUGAAGAAGGAUCAGAAGAAGAGGAAGAGUUGGGUGCAGUGAAAGAAAUGAUGUACUUGAUCACAGCGAUGCAACCUAUUGAUAUCGGUCCAGUGACACUUGAUAAACCUAAGAGACGAAAUAUUCGAGUUCGUAACGACCCACAUCUUGUAGCUGCACGUCAUAGGCGUGAGAGGAUAAGUGAACGGAUAAGAGUUCUUCAAAGACUUGUUCCAGGAGGAGCUAAAUUGGAUACAGCCUCCGUGUUAGAUGAGGCAGUUCGUUACAUUAAGUUCUUAAAGAAACAAGUUUUCAAACUGCAAUCGAGUAAUCAAAAUUCUCCUCGUAUAGCAGUUCCCAUCAUCAAUGAUGAAUACCAUUGGCAUGUUCCAUCAUCUGAGAAUAACAUCUUUACAUUUAUGGAGACAAUGCCACUGUCAGUCAACCAAGGAUUAUUCCAUUCCUAGCUAGCUAGUAAAUGAGUUGAAGUACAGGUAACUAAUUAUUGAUAAAUUAGAGAUUGUAAUUAGUUGAAGCAUCUCUCUUGAACGUUACUUCCCUUCGUCUAUUUUCAAUUUUCCCUUUUUACUGUUUCUUACAAGCCCAAAGUGCUGGAAUAUUUUUUGGCUUCAUUAGAAUGGUUGCCUCUGGUGCUGCAUUGUUACCAGCAACCAAUCACGGCAAACAAUUCAGCACAUUGAACUUUAGUGCAGUCUUCACUCUUCAGGAUAGUUAUUUAUUUUUUCAUGUUGGUUUUCGUAGAUUUGUUUGUUUCAUUUUUGGAUAUAUACAGUAUUUUCUGGAUCCCACCCAAGCAGAUUUGGAUUUGGAUGAGAUGACUUCCCUUUGUUGUAAAGGAAUUUGAUUGCUAUUUUA